AUGGCCAGUUAUAAGAUCAAAGAUGGGCAUGUCUAUAAGGGAAUUGUGACUGCAAUGCCUGCAGAACCUAGAGCAUGUGGAUGUGUACAACCUCAUGAAAUAGUUGAGAAUGUAGCCCCUUAUUCCACGAUUAAGAAUAUCUCGAUUCAGAAACUAACUCAAGAAUUAAAAGACUCCUGGCCAAAAUACUGGGGUGACAUCGUGCUCUUUGACAAAGGCAUGGAGUUUUUCAAAGCCCUAGGUGGGGGGAAGCUACUGAAAGACAAGUUUGUAUCUGGUUUCCUAUUCAACCCUAAAGCAAUUGCAAAUUAUAAGCGAGCAAAGGCCAUGGGAAUAGACCAAAAUUUCAAGGGUGGAGGUGAGGUAAAGGGUGGACUUUUUAUAAUUGGUAAAGGAAAGAGUGGCAUUGCUUACCAGUUCAUUGAGAGAAACUUCGGUGAUUGGGCACCGCUUGCUGAAGUCGUAAAAAUCUGUACACGUUUCCAGGUAGUUUUCUAA